AUAUUAACAAAAAACCAUUCAUCUUCUUCCAAGUUGCAACAAUGUCGACGACUCGAACCACCCAUGUCAACGUCCACUCACGACUCACGGUUGUGUCCAGCAUCCCCACUGAACCAAUGGGUUCGACCUGUGGUCUGACCCCAAUCGACCACACCAUGGGCUCACACACGGUUCAUAUUAUCUUCUACUAUCGAACCAGCCCGUUUUCCAAAAGAGGCCGGUUCGCUUUGGAUUUGGAUAAUGUUCGGGUUUCACUUUCGGAUCUUUUAUCUAAGUAUCCACGGAUGACGGGUCGGUUGUUUCGUGAUGGUGAAGGUAACUGGGAGGUUAAGUAUAACGACGCCGGCGUUAGGAUGUUUAAGGCGGAUGUGGGAACCACUGUUGAUGAAUGGUUGAGAUUUGCUGAUGAGUCUGAUGAGAGGAAUCUAACGGCGUGGGAGGAAAUGCCAGAUGGCAAUCCUACUUCAUGGUCGCCGUUUCAGAUUCAGGUGAAUGAGUUUUUAGAAGGGGGUCUGGCAAUUGGACUAAGCUUCAGCCACUUGUUAGCAGACCCAACCAGUGGGACCCUCUUUUAUAAAUCAUGGACCGACGCCGACCGCGGCGAAUCCACCGGCUACGACCCUCCGAUACUCUCGCUACCUCAACUCGACAACCGCCCCGCGCCCACUACCACCGAUACCACUUCCAUCACCACCGAUUACUUGCAAAAAAAUACAAAACUAGCACCAAUUUCAUCUGAAAAAAUGGCCACAUACGUCUUCAAAUUCUCCAACUCAACGAUGAAGCAAUGUCUUUCCAAAAUCUCCGAUAGAUCCCCCGACGCCACCCCAUUUGAUUACCUAACCGCAUUGUUUUGGUCUCGAAUCAUCGAACUUAAAACCCAGAUUGCGGUUUCGCCUACACAAUCCAUUUCCAUUUGCAUCGAUGCUCGGAAACUUCUUGAUGUACCAGCACCUAUGAAGUUCUUCGGAAACGCCGUGAGUUUCUCAAAAUUGUCUCUUCGAAACGAGCUGCUAAUGGGCGAUGAUGAUGGGCUACCGGAAGCUGUGGAAGCCGUACACCGCCAUGUGAAAGGGAUAAAAAAAGAGGAUAUUUUCUCAAUGAUCGAUUGGAUGGAGAAUUGUAGGAAGGGAUCGAAUGGUGGGUAUCCGCCGGCGAUUCAAAUGUAUGGCCCUGAACUAACUUUUGUAAGCUUGGAGCACUUGAUGAUCCCGAAAGAGGAAUCGACAGAUGAAUUGGAAGCGCUUGAUUAUGAGGCUAAGUUCAGGAACAACGAGAAACCUGUGCAUGUGAGCUACCAUGUGAGGAAAGCGGAGGGCCAAGGGUUGAUCAUUGUUGCCCCUUCGCCAGAGGGAGGAGCGGCGAGAACGGUUACAGUGACGUUGCCGGUGGAGGAGAUUGGGAAGCUUUGUGAAGAUCCGGUGAUAAGAGAGAUGGAGGCUACUAUGAUUGUAAGUGGGAGGAGAUAGUUUUUUUUGUAGAGAAAUUGAAUAUCUUACAAUAAGUUUUGUUUAAAUUUUCUGUUAAAAGGAUAGUGUUUUAUGAACGAUGCUAGCUUCGUGAUUUGUACUUUUCCAAUAAGAAUAAGUGUGCUCUGUUUUGUUAGUAAUUUUGGAUGUGUACUUGUAAUAUAGAGAAAAAACAAUAUGAUAUGCUUGAAAUUAUGAUCGUGUUUUUAUA